AGUUCGAGCAAUCAACGUUAGUAAAAACAAAAGUAUCGAUAUUUUUCUGUACACGAAAAUGUACAAAAAAUAAGAUAUUGAGUGUUUUAUGGUCCACAAUCAUAAAUCAACUUACCUUGAGUACUAUUUUUUAAGAGGCGAUCUCCAUUUUCCAAUCAUUUUGUUAUUUGCUUUCUUUCCAUUUGAUCUUUUAUUUAAAAACUACUUCAUUCUUACUUUAGAGGAAUUUUUAAUAUUCAAAAUUGACGAUAUUCGACAAUCUGCACAAAAUUCGCAGAAAGAAACCUUCGCUACGUAACCAUUCAGACUGGAAAAUAUUCUGUCGUCAUAUCGCUGGCUCUACAGAACUUAGGAAUAAUUAAUAAUGGUAAAUAUAGAAAGUUGCAAAGUCGUUGUUUUCUUCCAGCAGGAUUGUUUUAUCGAUACAACAAAGUGUAUGUAAUUUUUCAAGUUGAUAUUACAGUAAUGAUAUACUUCCCUUUAGGGAAAGUAAAAUUAUAUCGAUCUUACGAUUCAUGGGAGAAGACAAGUACGAAUAAACUGACAUAUGAAAUCAUAUCAGUUCGUGAGAAAAUUUCAUAAUAUCCGUGUCUGUUCGAUCUACGAUCUAAUUCACCAAAAGUUAUAUCUAUUUUAGAUUGAAAGUUUAAUUCGUCGGUAGUAGGCGUAAACGAUGUUAGAAAACUCAUAUUUUUAGAAAUCUAUAAAAGUUAUUAAUUUACAGAAAAAUGACGAUUUUAGCAUCGACUUUGAUGAUUCUCAGUAUCUGUGGAUGCUGGAGACCUCCAUCCUGGUCAUUCUCAUAUUACAAACGUUUUAUAUACAACUUAUACAAUAUCUGUGUAAUUUUUCUAGUAUCGUCUUUAUCUUUAUCCCAAAUCAUUGGUAUUGCCCUAAACAUUUCGAGCGAUCUUUCCGAAGAAAUUUACAUAUCUUUGACGAUUGCUGUAUCCUGUCUAAAAAUGUUAACUUUUAAAUUCAAUCAUAACGACGUCGUCAAGUUAAUUAACACUUUGGCAGAGGAACCAUAUAAGCCAUCGGAUAAUGAAGAAAUUCAGAUUCAAUUAAAAUUUGAGAAAUUAGCACGGCUCAACACGAACGGUUAUACAUCCUUAAUAGGGUUUUCGGUGAGCAGUUUCGUAUUUAUGUCUUUGAUUACAGACCUCAAGGAAAAACAAUUAACUUUUCAAGUUUGGUUACCGUUUGACAGUACGACAUCUGUUAUAUAUUAUUUAACGUACACUCAACAAAUGUUAGGUAUGACAUUAGCCGGCUUUCUUAACGUCGCUCUAGAUUCUUUGAUCUGUGGCAUUUUUAUACAUAUUUGUUGUCAAAUCAAGAUCUUGGAAAAUCGUUUGAUGAAAAUCUCCAACGAACAGGAGGCACUUUUAAAAUUGUGCGUCCGUCAUCAUGAAUGCAUAUACAAAUUCGCAGAUAACGUAAAUAAAAUAUUUGGACUUAUAAUGUUCAUUCAGUUUUUCGGCAGCACGAUGACAGUCUCCUUUACGUUAUAUCAAUUAACAAAAAUAUCAUCAACUUCUGUCGAAUAUGCAAAAAUGUCGCUCUACAUGUAUUGCAUGUUAAUACAAAUUUAUCUUUACUGCUGGUACGGAAAUCUAGUCACUUUAAAGAGCAGAGAAAUUAUCAACAAUAUCUUCGACAUAAAUUGGACAAGACUUGACAAUAGCAUCAAGACUUCCUUACUGAUUAUGAUGAAUCGUACAAUGAAUCCAAUCUCAUUGGUCGUUAUGAAAAUUUUCUCUCUGAAUCUCGAUUCAUUUAUCAGUAUAAUUAAAACAGCCUAUUCGGCUUAUAAUCUUUUACAACAAACGCAAGAAUAACAAAAAAAAGAUAUGUAGGAAUGAUUCAGAAAGGAAUAAAAAAUAUUGUCCAAGUAUUAUAUAGUUACAAAUAAUAGAACAACAAUAUUAAUGCUAAUAAAUAUUAGAAGCUAUAAAAGUGCUAUAAUAAAAAAAAGAAUAAAUGAUUUACCUUUAAGGAAACUGUUGUACAACAUUCCUAUUUAUUUGAAUUUUCACUGAGAAUUUUCUUGACAGAGAGUUGUACUCCUCGCAAUAUUGCUUUUCGUUAUGUCGUUGCUACCAUAGAGUGCAUAGGAAUUAUUAAUGAUCAAUAAUGAUGGAUCUUAGAAAAGUUGUCGUUCUUUCCUGCGAGAUAAUUUAACAUAGUGAAACGUUAUUUUAAGAAUCGUAUCUUUUCACAGUGGAUAUUAUAAUAAUGACAUAUUUCGAUCACAAAAGUAUAGAAUUACAUUGAACGUAUCACUUAUGGGGGAAACAAAGUAGUCAUAUCAAUGACAGUGAGAACAUUUCGUUCAGUACAUAUCGGAAAUCGGGAAGUUAUACUUAAUGGAAAAUUGUUUAUCGUAAAAUGCUCGAAGGAUUUAUAAUCCUUGUAGAAAGUUCAAGUAAACGACACUAGAAAAGUUAUAUCUCAAAAAAUAAAUUGAGCUUUUUUCAUUCGCAUA